ACUCCAGCAUCCAUGAUUCAGGAAAUUGCUACCAGAAGGAAUAUCUCUUGUAAAUUUGACCUCAUAGACAAUAAUGAUCCAUCAAACAAUGUAUUUAAGUAUAGAUUAACAUUAGGUGACAAUCAAACUGUAGGUGAUGGAACUUCAAAAAAAAGUGCUAAACAUCAAGUAGCUUUAAAUAUGCUUAACGUUUUAAAACAACAUAAACCACAUUUUAUUGAAACUGAAUUUAAGCAAAUUGAUUUUGAAAAUCAAGUUGAUGCAUGUAACAAAAUCAAUAAAAACUUUGUUGGUCAUUUGGCCAAAGUAUGUGCCAUUAAAAACCUUGGAGACCCAGUUUAUAAGCAGAUAUGCGAUGAAGUAAAAGAACAAACAAUAUUGCAUACUGUUAGUUGUCAAGUAGCUCAAAUGUUUGAAAUAGCAUCAUUCAAGGCCAAAAGACAAGCCAAGAAUUUAGCUGCUUUUCAAAUGCUGAGAAAAAUAGAAUCUAUGGAAUUUAACGGAUCAAUAACUCCUGUACUAAACCAAAACGAUCCUAUAAAUAUUUUGGAGAAUAUUGAAAUUAAUAAAUCUCAAGUACAACUUUCAAAAAAAGGGACAACUGAAAAA